AUGUCAGGUCCCGAGGACCAGGAGCUGGAGGGAAAGAAGGAUUCUGAGUCAGACAUGCCUGUAAAUAGCGCCAGUCUGCUGGCCUGUGGGACCAGCCAGGCCUACGGUCAAAUCUUCAUCAGCCCAGACUCGCUUACAGGGCUCCAGGAAUAUAGGGCAACCCUGAUCCUUGAGAAUGCCCCAAUGGAGGCUCUGGAAUACAGCUGGCAUCGGGGUGCAGACGAUAAAGAAGAAAACAUGAUUGUCAGCUACAGAUGCCCCUCUAAGUCCUGGCAGGUCAGGCCUGAGCACUGGGGUUGGGAGAAUGUGACUCAAGCAGGCAACCUGGUCAUCCGAGGUGCCACAUUAAAUGACACAGGGAACUACACUGUGCAUGUAGAGGCCAGCAAUGGCACCCAGAGAGUAACCGGCUGGCUCGAGAUUGAAGAAUUGGAAAAGGACCCUGACAUCUUGGUCAACACCAGCUCCAGGGUGGAGAACAUGGACGCCACUGAAACCAUCUGCUACACCAACAUCACCAACAUCACGUGGUUGUUGAAUGCUGUGUGAGUGUCCAGCAGUGACCAGCUGAUCAUUUCCCCAGAUGGCAAGACCCUCAUCAUCCGGAGGCUCAACCACCACGAUUGGACACUUCAGUGUGUGAUAGAAAGUGUCCUAGGGAUUCCCCUGAAAAGCAACCUCAUCUUUCUCAACGUGGCCUACGGGCCCAAUAGCGUGCGGCUGCAGACAGCGCCCAGCAACUUCAAUGGCGUCCUGUCUGCUGAGGUCGGCUCCCAGGUGGAGAUGCGGUGCGUCUCCUCCUACUCCAUCCCAAAGCCCAGUUACCGCUGGAUCCACAAUGGCUCCUCCCUGAGUUCAGAGGCAGAGAUGACCUUCCCGAGUCUGGCCUGGGAGCAGAUGGGCAGAUACAGAUGCAUCGUGGAGAACCCCGGGACCCAGCUGAUCAUGUACGCGGACGUCAGCAUCCGGGUUCGCUUGCAGGUCCAAAGCUGCGUCCUCUUGGGAAGCCUGCAGAGCCUCGGGGACAGGAUUAGCCAGCAUUUACGGAGCUUUUACAUGCUCGUCCUGACUGAGAUGAGGAGCGGCUUCUACCUCUCAGGGCCCAUGGUGGUGUGGCUCAUUGUGAUCACAGUCCUGGGUGGUGUCUGCCUCUGUGGAAUCCUCAUCUACGGCCUCAUCAGCCAUUGCUCCAGCAGGUGCCUGUGGCCCUGGGUCGAGCGCGGGAUGUUGGCAGGGGGUCGGGACACAUGAGCAAGCACCACCUUGAGAAGAGAAGGCAGAGCCAGAGGGGAAGGGGCGGGCCAGGAACCAAGAUGUCAGGUCCUGAGAACCAGGAGCUGGACGGAAAGAAGGAGGAUUCUGAGUCAGACAUGCCUGUAAAUAUAACAGUGGGGAUUCAGCCAGCAACUUCCCUUCUCUUCAGCCCAAUUCCUUCAUGUUUAAAUGGGGAUAUGGAGGACAGCCUAGAAGGGCACAUCAAGCACCCAUCAUGUCUGGCACAUGGAAAUCGUUCAUUACCAAGUGAAGUGGGGGAGACAGGCAGCCCCCAGAGGCCAGCCAACAGUGUAGGGGAAGAGAUGGGUCAUGGGAUGAUGAAGUUGCAGGUUCUACCUUUAGCUGGCUCGGUGACCCUGGGCAGGUCUCUUCUCUCAGUCCUCUUCAGCCCCAUUUGUAGGAGAUGAGGAGUAUGGCCUGUCCUUAAGGAGGAAGGGAUUAGAAGCAAAUCUGUGCAGGAGGAAGGGGCAGUCAUAUCCCUGGCAUAGAGUAGAGCAUAAUUUUUCCAUCUCAGCACUCUUGGCCAUUUGGGGCAGAUCAUUCUUUGUUGUGGGGGCUGUCCUGUGCAUUGUAGGAUCUUAGCAGCAUCCUUGACCUCUACCCACUAGAUGCCAGUAGCAACACCUCCACCCCCUAUUUUUGACAACCCAAAGUG